AUGGAGAGGGACCGCUUUGACUUUAAUAAGGCGAUUCACUUGCCGUAUUGCGGAGAAGAGAUAAUGCGUGUUAUGCUUUCGGAUGGUGUAUAUCAAGUGGGCUGGGCGGAUGUUCCUAUUGGCCCGAACGCGAUGCAAUUUGAUAGUAUGGAUGGAGUAAAGGUUCCGAUUGAAAAUCGAGCAGGCAAGCCGUGCGGAGUUAUUUACCUUGGCUUAAAAAAGAAUUCAGCGCGAGUUCAGACAGACUUGCAGGUGGAAAGGACGCCGAUUGGAUCGAAGAACACUGACUAUGAAGUGGGUCCGUCUACUAGUAAGGAGUCGACCGUUCCAUCGGGGACGACGACCACUCCCCCAGAUCAAUCGAUUCCGACACCGGGAUCCCCUGUGAGUCCGAGUGGUGAAAUGAAGUCGAUGAGGUUGAGGAUUGUAUCUGCGACUGGAUUGACGCUUAAGGACGGUUCUAGACCACAACGGCCAUAUAUAAUGGUUGAGGAUGCCAGCAAUAAGCUUCGGGGAGGGUCUGCACAGGGUUGCACUGUCGACGGCGAUGUGAAGAACUAUAAUCAGACCUUCGUGAUGCCCAUAGCGGACCCGACAGAGAAGGUGACAGUGACAGUAAUGGAUAACGCAAAAAUGGCUCGGGAUCCGACCGUGGGUAUGGCGACCAUAGUUCCUAAUAACUUUAAGCGACCAAUUGAAGUGAAGAAUAUACCUGUUCUGAAUAGCCAUGGCGAGCAGACCGGGGUAUUACAUUUGGAAGCAAUAAGUUCCGAAAGAACUGAGACGGUCGCUCGUGUGUUUGUCGAGGAUCAGGAUGAGCCUGACUUCAUUAAGGAUCGUGAUGCUGAUAAGCAUUCCGAGAACGCAGCUCCGGUUAAUCCGAUAUCUGUUAAGGCGGGUUGUUGUCGUGUGAGGGUGACCGAAGGUAAGGGUAUUGAGCGGGAUGCUCAUCCCUUCAUUAAGACGUCUUGGAAGAAGAAGAGUGCGCGCACGCGCACAUUAACUACGACGGAUCCGAGCGGCAAUAGACAGUGGGAAGAUGAGUUUGUGCUGCCGUGUACUCCUUCGGCGGAUCCGUCAAUGGUGUUUGUUCUACAAGACAACAAGAAACUACACAAGGAUCCGAUACUGGGCACGGGCGAGGUGAAUGAUCUGCAGUCGAUUCUGAAUGGCGACACGCCCGUCGAGAAGGUGGUCACCUUCAGGAACACGGCGGGUAGCGCGGUGGGCGACGUAAAGAUGGUCUUCAAUCCGUCCAAGGAUGCUGUCAGCAAACUAAGUUGUCUGCCAGCUUCGGAAGCCGUACCUGAAGGCACAUACAACUCUGUCCGCGUUGUGGCAGUAUGUGCCAGUAAUCUCGUGUUCGGUAAGGGCAAGGAUGUUUGCGACCCGUAUUUGACAGUCACUCAUGACAAACAAACACUUAAAGGUAAAAAACAUAAGAAUGCGGGUCUUAAUCCCAUACUUAUGGAGACUUAUACCAUGCCGGUCCGGCCUAACUACCCUGUGGAGUUUACUAUAUCCGAUCAUGAUACGCUGGGUAAAGAUGUGCCUAUUGGGACGGGUAAGAUCGCGUUGCCGGAUCUGACACGCAAACAGCGCGAACAAAUUCCUGUCAACGUGCCUUUGGAAUUGAACGGGAAGAACACAGGCAUGCUUAAUUGUCAUAUGACCUUGCUGAAGGAGAAGGUUGGGGCACCCGCUAUGGAGGCGGCGAACCUUAAGGAGUAUAAGGGCCAAAACGCCCAAGACUUAGUUGAGUUUGAGGGGCUACCGGCGUACAACUCGCUUUCGGCACGCGCCAUAAAUGGAAGGGACCUACCGCUCAAAGACAAGGCAGACCCGCACGUUGAAUUCGGACACGGCGGUGGUUCAGUGGCCUGUUCGCCACACAAGAAUGGAGGUCCGAACCCUACCUUCCCGGCCGAGGUGGCGACCUUCCCAGCGUCCAACAAAGCGUAUCUGCGAGUUACGGCCAAGAGCGGUACGAAGGAAGUAGGCACCGGCUACGCCUACCUGGGUGACUAUUUCAACGAAGAAACGACUCCAGUGCAGGCUGUGGCGGUCCCUCUGGCCAGUGCGACAGGGGAGCCGGCGGGCACAGUGAAUGUGGAAAUUGCCGUUGCCGACAAGUUCUGUGGUCAGCCCACCAAGACGAUGGGUGUGCUGGAGGGACAGGUGGUGAACCGGAGUCCUGAAGGAAUCUCUAAUGCAAGCCCUGGAUUCGAGGCGCUUGAUAUCGAGAUCGUCAAAAUUCAGGACGUGCCCCUACCUUCCAAGAGCGCCAAUAAAACCCCCUCCGCGGACCCAUAUGUGAACGUGGUCUUGGGCAAUCAAAAGCUGCGAGGACACACAGUCAAGAAGGGCAACGGUUCAUGCACGUUUGGUGACGUCUACCGAUUCCCCUGCCAGCCUGUAGAGUUCAUAAAGUUUGAAGUACAGGACGACCAGAAGCUGCACAAGGACCCCGUACUGGCAUCGGCAAAGUUGGCUACGGCGCCGAUCAUGAAUAACGCCAAGUACGCAGAGGUGCAGCGACUGAAGUUGCCUCUCUUUAAACCCGACGGCUCGGAAGGCGGGAACCUGUUCAUGAAGGUCAAGGGUUACGCAGACCCGGUUUAUGAGAAGGCGAGUGUAGUAGAAGGUACGGGCGCAGGCUCGGCGGUGAGUGCCGUGAAUGACGAUGCAUCUUCACACGGUGCCACGAGGUCGGCAAUCAACUCACCGUACAAGUCAAUGCGAGUGGAGAUUUUGAACAGUGCCGAUAUAGGCGUUGCGACUGCGGACCCGUACGUUGUAGGACGUUUGGGUAAGAAUACGCUCAGGACGCACACGGUUGAGGAUGGAGGCCACCAGGCUGAGUUCGGCGACAUCUUUUACUUCCCUUACGACGGGGACAGAAAGUUGAAGCUGACAUUGUAUAAUAACCGUAAGAUGAAGCGGGAUGAAGAGUUCGGGUAUUGUAAGCUGGACCUGGAUCCAGUAGUGGAGGCGGGAGAGACGUCGAUUGUGACUGGUCAAUUGGUGAACCGGAAGACCGGCGCUACCGGCGGUUCGGUGACGGUGAUUGCGACGCCCUCUACCAGCGUGGUGCCAAAGGCGUAUGCCGUAAGUCCGGAGGAGGACGACGAGGAGGUGCAGGUCUAUGGGAACCACCCGGCGCCAUGUCUGGAGCUUGAGGACUUUAGUUUGCGAGAUCAGCCGGCUUCAGGUUCGGCGGGUGUGGGCACAAAGUUGGCGCCGUAUGUAAUUUGCAAAUUGGGCAAAGGCAAGCUUCGAACCAGCGCUCCAGUGCGGCUGGAGGCGAGCACGGCUGGGGCGUCUGUCGCGGACUUCGGGGAGGUGAUGCAGUUCGCGACUGCUAAGGCACCAGUAACACUGGAACUGAAGGCAGUAGACAACGUCAAGUUCCAUCCGGACACCACGCUUGGCAGCGCCUCUGUGGACGUGACCACCUUCAAGCAGCCGGAAGGGGCCUUUGAAGCGCCGUUGUUGGACAAGAAUGGACGACCGACUGGCGCCAAGGUUACCGGUAGGUAUCUGUGGAGCCAAGAGAAUUUGGGGAAGAAGAAGUGUCGCGUCGUGAUGACACCUGAGGCGGGGCUGAAGUUCACGGCCUCACCAAAACAUAAUGGCACAAAAUACAGCAGCGGACUGCCCUCUGCGGGUACGGCGGGUGCGCCUGAAAGCUACCAAGUGGAAGUGAUGCCCACGAAUGUAUACCGUAACAGCAAACCUUACGCCGAACUCCACGUAGGUGAUCAACACCUACGCUUUGACACUCCUUUCGAUAGUAACGCAAAGGUCCGCGAGACCGGUUUUAUUGGCUCCGGCGGCGAGAGUACAGGGGUGCUUAAGGUAUGCGACGCAGACCAGCCUGAGCAGCAAGUUACUAUGCAGGGCGUGGUGGACAUGGCCGGUAUCCAGGAAGGCGACGUGCGUAAACUCUCUAUCCGAUGCGUGGGUACUGGCGGCAAACAAGAGGUUGAGCUGCAGGUCGCCGGUUCCGACGAGCCUGUCAGUCGACCCCGCAUCCACGAGUUCGGGAUCAAUACCGAACAGACAAAAGUUACCGACCAGAACGCACGCGGGAUCUUGAUUAAUGUCAUUGCCUGCUCCACUCUGAAGUCAGGCACUUCGCCAACUAAUUCCAAGUCACCCACAAACAUCCAAUCACCAGUUUUAUCUAAGUCGCCUGGGGCCUACGCUCAAGCCGACCUGGAUGUGGAAAAGAUAUGUCCCUACAUUACCGUACACCUUGGUCGACACACUCUUCGAGGUAUCACCAACCGACAAUACGACCCCAACUACCCCAUCAUGUUCGACACAUUCCUUCUACCCUACAAUGGCGAAGCGGAAAUGCGUGUCACUGUCUACAAUAAUAUCAAACUCGGAAAGGACACCGUUAUAGGCUCCGCUUCCGUCGGUAUGAACCAGUUCAUGAAAACCGGAACGCCCCGAGAAGAACAACGCGUUAAGAUCCCUAUCUACGAUCUCAACGGCAAUCAGGCUGGCGCGCUCAACUGCAAAAUACAAGCAACCUCCGAACUCUGCGAACCACACGCCAGCGAGCGCGUACGCACCGACUCGCCCCUCCGCGACCCCAAAAAAAUCGCGCAGACAUUCCCGACCAAACCCUAA